AUGCCAGCUCUUGCUGCUGCUGCCGCCCAGAACGACGAUAAACAUUACGGCCAACAUGAUCACAAAAUCGCCUGGCCGAGCGCGAACAUGCCUUCCUACGGCGGCAGCAAGAACAGCCGUGCAACAGAAUCAGAGGAGCAACAAGACAUCAAAAAAGGACCGGCACUUGGAAGAGAUGGACAGCUGCGAGAGCAGUCCUUGCAGCAGAAAGAGCAACAUCAGGCGAAGAACCCAGUGUUGAGGUUUGCCAAGCGAUAUCGUACUGAGGUCGCAGCAAGCAUGUCGAGUGCAGUCUCUACAGCCGCUGCAUUCCCCCUCGACAGCGUCAAGACUCGGAUGCAGACCUACAAAUACUCGGGUUUCAUUGACUGUGUUCGCCACACCUACCAGACGGAGAAGCUUAGGGGUUUCUUCAGAGGCGUCACUGCACCGAUGAUAAGCAUCACCGCGGUACGUACGUUUUCGCUCUCGAUCUAUAAUCGAUCCAGAACGGCCUACGCUCGCGUCCUUCAGGAAAAGUUUGGCGUCGAUGUCGUUGGACAUAUGCGGAAGAGCGGAAACUACCCCAACUUUUGGACAGUCUCGACUAUUGGUGCUGCCGGUGCGACGGCCGGGUCUUUGAUCACUGUGCUAGCCUGCCCUUUUGAGCUUUCAAAAUUGAGUGCACAGGUAUCUGUUCUGCUGUCAGAUCGCAAAAACUGUCCGAACCCCAAGGACUAUGCGGUGGCGGCCAGCUACCAGAACAAGGGCACUUGGCAAACCAUGAAGAAUAUUGUGAGGCAUCGAGGAUAUGCGGGACUCUACACAGGCUUCAGUCUUCAUUUAUUGCGUGACACCGUGGGAACCGGACUGUACUUCAUGACCUACGAAAGUGCCAAACAGAUCCUCACUUCGCUUUCCGGCACAUAUCAAUCAAACCCCCUCCCUGUGCUCAUCUCUGGGGGUCUCUGCGGGAUAGUAUCUUGGGCUUUGAUUUACCCGAUUGACUCUGCGAAGAGCAUAUAUCAGCGAAACGCACUAAUGCGGUCGAAAGGGCAGACUGUUGAUCCUGUCAAGAUACAGUUCUUUCAGAAGCACAUGUAUCGUGGACUUGGCGUGUCCAUGGGUCGCUCCUGUGCCGUCAACGCCAUAUUUUUCUCCAUGUUUGAACUUGCCAAGAAGCGCAUCAAGACGAUGGAGGAUGGCGUCUAG